AUGGCGAAAACAACUCCAGAAAUAAUUAAUAACAACAACGAGGUUUUCAUGGACGAAGAAAGUGAGAGAUUUAAAGAUGUGCAAAAACUGCAGGGAAAUGAUCUUGGAGAGGUAAGUAAAGUGAUUGUUGUUCUGUAUGUUGACGCUGAGGCCCAAUGACAAUAUACCGUAAACACUUUUUCAGUUUUAGUACAAAGAGUGCCAAUAGUCCUCGGUUUUGGAGCAGGGUGAAAACUAAAGUUGUUCAAUUCUGACUGGAGAAUUUUCAUGUGCUUAUCCUAAGUCGGUUGGUAUCGUCACCAGUUAGCCGGAAAACGGACUUGUUUAGCAACAAAGUAAAUGUUCAGUUGUAGUUCUUGUGAUUUAGGCUAAAAGCAUGUACCGCCGGACGGGAUAGCUCAGUGGACUAUCAAAGAUCGCUCAUACAUAGACACAAUGCUGCCUCAUUUGAUGUCAAUCAGGACUAUCAAAGAUCGCUCAUACAUAGACACAACAGUUGUAGCGAAAUGAAGCAAGGCCACCUCAGUAAAGCGGCCCCAAAACUGCCCCGCAAUCCGAUGUCUGACGAUCUUUUGUAAGAUCAGAGAGGCCAAAUCCGCGGCUCUAGAAACGAGUCCAUCUCCAUGCUUAGUGUCAAAAACGAAAAGCGGCGGUUCAGGGGGUGGUACAAAGACUAACAGGUACAUGAUAUUGUAGACAAAACGGUCUCAUUCAGGAGAUUUUUUGUGAUUCACUGAACAUGCAUGCGUACAUGUCUUCAGUUAAAAUUGUCCCUUCUACUUGCCAUAUCUGAUAGGUUGAGAACCAUUCUUUUAGCAUUUAUCAUCUCAGUGGGGUCUUUAACUGUGAACUUCAGUCUGUGCUUAACACAUAACUUACUUUCGGGAAUGAAAUUGCAACGAUCGAUAAAUAAGGUUUACAUCUUUUGAUUUGUCUCCAGGUUGCAAAUUUGGAAAUGCGCAUCAAAGAGCUGACUGAACAAAAUCUGAGAUUGAAGGAUAAAGUAGUAGAGGCCCGAGAAAGCAGCAAAAAACUUCAAGAAGACUUAAUUAAGAGUCAACAAAGAUGUUCGGAGAUCGAAAAAUGCAAUGAUGGAAAUGAAGUAAUGAGAGACAUCAUCAUAAAAAAGCUUCAAGGAGAAAAAGAGGAGCUAGACAAAGAAAUGAAUGUUUUGAAAAAGCACCUGGAACAUUUUAAUUUGAAUGAUGGACAAAAUGAUGCUGAUUUCGUAGAACUGAACAAGGAACUGCUACAAAACAAGCAAGACCUUCAAGACUGUCAGGAAAUGGCGAAGUUUUUACAAAGAGAGAACGAGUCAUUAAAACGUGAUUUAUUAGCAGCUGCAAAAAAAUUGGAGACGAUUCAAGCAGAGUGCGGAUCAGAAGAAGUGACAGGAAGUGGGUCAGAAAAUAAUUCUUUAUUGUGUAAAAUAGACAGCAUCAAGGAUCAACUUCGAAUGUAUCGCGACAGCUGUUCUGGAUUAGAAAACGAAGUUGAAAUUUAUAGAGAAAAGUUGGAUUUAUGCAACGUGGAACUCGGGGCAAAGAAAGACCAAAUUCAUGACAUCGAGAGGAGUAUUGAUGCUGCACAAAGAGAUAAAACGAGACUAGAACGUGAGUUACGGGAGACCCAAAUAAAACUGGAAAGCUCAGAUGAAAAAUUAAACAACUUAUUAUCCGAAAAUCAGCAUUACAAGGAGAGGAUUAGAGAGCUAGAGUCAAAGACCGGUGAAAAUAGCAAGGAGAUCGCCUUCCAGAGGGGCCCCAAUCAAGAAUCGUCGCCUGAAGAAGACAAUAAGAAACUUGAAUACUUAGAGGCCGAGUUAUCGGAGAUGAGUCACAGAUUGUCUGAAAGUGAGGCAGAAAGCUGUCGCCAUAAAUCACAGGUUCAAGAAUUGAACGUGCAGCUGAAGCAGUUGAUGGACAAAAUCGCAGAACUAGAGUCAUGCGCCCCAAUCAAACCUUAUGAUGGAGGGUUAGACUCUAAUGCACUACUCCAGCAAGCCAAGAGGCAAGCGCAAGAAACACGCUUCGCGUUGCAGAGGAAAGAGAAGGAAAAUAACGAUCUCGAGUUGAAGUUGAAGGAAACGCGGGAAGAAAUGCACAAAAUGGAAAUCCAAACUAACCUUGGCGAAACACAGAGAGCUUCGCUAGAGAAAAAGCUGUCAGAGGAAAGAGAAAAAUGCUUAAAAAUGCAAGAUGAAUGCACUAGCCUUCAGCAAAGUAUUUCGAAACAGAAAAAAGAAGAAGAUGAUUAUAAACGUCAGCUUGCUGACAGGGACGUGAUUAUUGCUGAGCAGAAGGUCGUAGCUGCUAACAUGGAGUUAAAAUAUCAAGAACUUAGCGAGAAGCACACUGCGGUUCUUGAAGUGCAAGACCAAUAUGAACAGGAGAUACAGGAGUACAAAGACGACCUGUUGCAGACUCAAAAAGAUAUGGCGGAUAUGCAAGUGGAUUCCAAAGUCGCGGAGAGUGAAAAGCAAGAGUUCAAACAACAUCUUGAUAUUGCUAACAAAACCAUUUCUGAUCUACAGUCGAAGCUUGAAGCCGCGGAUCAAGACAUGAAGGAAAAAGAACACGAGAUUUCAUCGACGAAGGAAAGAUUGAUAAGAAUGGAGGAAGAAUUGGAUGAAGCUUCUGAGAUAAAAAAAAAUCUGGAACUCCAGCUUCAUGAAAGUAACUUUAAUAUCAAGAGGAAGAUCGAGGAGGAAAGCAGCAUUCAGAGCCAGAUGGAGGAACUGCAGAAAACAUGCGAAUGUCUUCGUCAACAAGUGGAAGAAAAAGAACUUCUCGUUGAAAAUCUCAAGGACCAGAUCAGUUCUCUAGAAACAGACUUGGAUACAGUUAAAACUGAGCUUUCAUACAAGGAGUCUUUGAAUGAGACAAACUCCGACGAGCUUAAAAGGGUAAACUUGAAACUCAAAAGUAACGAGGAGGAAAUCAAUCGCCUUACAAAAGCGUGUGAAAACAUCGCAAAAGAAAAAGAAUCCCUUGACAUUGACUUGUCCGUGGCAAGGACGAAAAUAGACACAAUGGAAUCUAACUUAAAGGAAAAUGAAGCGAAGGAGAGUAAUCUGGUAAAAACUCUGCAAGAAGAACGCAAUAAGUUUGUGUACAAGGAAGCAGAUGUUGCUUCCUAUCGCUCCAAAAUUACUGCAUUGGAGCAGGAGGGUGAGGAACACGUCAAAGGAAAAAAAGAACUGUGCCAAAAAAUUGAUGAUCUAGAGGAGAAAAAAGCAGCAUUGAAAAACCAGCUGGAUGAAACUUUGACGUCACGGGAACAUGAAUUUCGACGACGAAUCGAACUUGAAGAAAAAAUGUUGGAAAUGCAGCAAGAUCUCAAUGAAGCUAUCAAGACCAAGUCACAGGGAGAAGAAGAGCUUCAGGAUUUUUGCAGUAAGCUGGCGAAGUACGAGGGACAAAUCGAAACACUUCAAAGACAAAACGAAGAGCUUAAAGAAAAAGCUAUUGAAGCCAACAUUGAACUAGCUAAAAACGGUGAAGAGCUAAUGAAACUAGAAAUUAUAGCGACAGAACAUCAGAAAAUGUAUGAGUCUGCGCAGUCUAACUUGGAGCAAAAAGACAAAAACUGCGAGGAUAUGCAAAACACGAUCAAAACUUUACAAAUCGAGUUGAAUAACGUCAAAAAUGAUCUGACCACGAGUAAACUGUCUCAUGAGUUUGCCCUGGACGAAAAUAGUAGGCUCACUAGAAAGGUACAAGAGCAAGAAACGAAAUUAGGGCUCUUUGAAAAUGAGAUUUCCAAUGCAAGCGAAGAAAAUAGGAAAGUGAAUGUCGAACUGAGUUCUCAGGCAGCAAAGUUUAAAAAUCUGCAAAUCCAGUUAGGGACAGCCACAAGGGAAAAAGAGCGUUAUAAAGACGAUCUACAAUCUGUAGAAAAGAAAUUACAGAAACUUCAAGACGACCUUCUGGUGGCUCAUAAUCUUGUACGAGAGAAAGAACGAAUCGUUGACAGCUACAGGGCUGAAAUUGCUGAAAAAGACGGACAGAUUGAACAAAUAAAAAGCUCCAAGGAGUCCUUGGAAGACAAAAACCUAGCAUUAAAGAAGGAAUUACAAACCAUUACAUUCUACCAUGAUUCCACGGAGUUAAAGCUGAAGUCGUCUCAAGAUGAAAUUAAUUCCUUAAAAAGUAAGCUGAGUCAAUAUGAGACAACUUUAGAAGUCCUUGUUAAGGAGAGGGAUGACAGAGAAAUACGACGAGAAGAUUCCACCCAUGAACAACACUUGAAGCUCAUGUUAGAACAAAGUAAAGAACGACAGGCAGUCCUUGAGAAGGAAAUUUCAAGCAGCAAAACGAAAAUCUCUAAACUUGAGCAUGAUAUUAAAAUGUCUCGUCAAGAUUGCCUCGACACUCAGUUCGAACUUUCUAAAUCACAAAGACAACUCGAAGACUUGAAGGUCACCUAUGAACAAUGCGAUAAGGAGAGGAAAAACCUGCGAGAGGAAGUGUUGGAAGUUAACCGCAAGUUAUCGGAACUAGAACUGAAAUACGAGAACGAGCGGAGAGACAAUACAGUGGUUCAAAGCCAAUUACAAGACACAACAGUCAGGGCGGAUGCCAAUAGAAACGAGAUACUAAAACUCAGCAAACAGUGCGUGGAACAAAAGAUUCAUUUAGAGGUAACAAAGAAAGAGAUUGAGCAAAAAAAUAAUCAGAUACAAGAGCUUAAGGCGGACAAAGAGCACUUGGAGAAAAAGUCCACGGAACUUAGAAGCAGUCUUACAAGUGCUAUUGGUGAGUGUGAGAAGCUUAGAGGGGGGCACCAACAACUUCAAGAUGAGGUUAUUGCUCAACAGAAGAACAUUUCUAAUCUGAAAGACCGAUUGCAGAAGGCAACAAAAACACAGCAAACGACUAAAGAGGAACUUGAAAUGAAGAUAUCAGAGAUAGAGAAAUUGAAUGAGGAAGUGUCACAAGCAAAUAGCGAGAGAAACGAAUUGAAAAGCAAAGAAAAAAAAUUGGAAAAUAUUGUACAGAAGCAAAGUGAAGAACUGGCCGAUGUUGAGAACCACAUGACUGAACUACAAGAUGAAUUGCUACAGGAAAAGAAUGAGUUAGAAAACAAAGAAAAUAAGAUCACAAACUUAAAAGCUUAUAAUGUUUCUUUACAGAAAGAACUAGAUCGAAAUAAAGAUGAGCUCAACAAGUUGAAAGUAGAACUACAAUCAGCUCAAGAAAAUACUAUGACCGAAGUCGUGAAUUCCACUCCGCUUCAAAGUGCUUUGAUCGAUGACGAUGAACCUGAAGAUUCAGAAGAGGAUUCUGACUUAUUAACAAUAAAAGAAAAUCUCACGAAAGCAGAAGAAAACCUUCAGAAGAGCAUUGAAAACGAGCGCAGCUUACAAGAUCAGUUAGAAGACUUAAAAGCCACAAAUAACCAACAGCAAAACACUUUAGACAUCUUAUCAGAAAGGGAAAAUGUCUUAAUGGCACGGUGCGAAGACUCCGAGAGAGAAGUCGGUGAGCUUAAAAGCCAGUCGAUGAAAUCUAAGGAAGACUUGAAUAUGUCGAAAAGCCAACUAGAGACGAUGGAGAAAAAAUUGGACAAAAUGGUAGCCCAAAAUUCCGGUCUGGAAGCAGCAAAAUGUCGCCUAGAAGAGGAGUUAAAACUAGAGCGUGGAAAAGUUAGGAGAGCUGAGGAUGAACUACUCCAGGCGCAAUGUGAAUUACAAGAGCUACAAACAAAAUGGGACCACAAUACAAGAGAAGCAGAGGAUAAUGAAAAUGUUUUAGACUCAGUUCAAUCUGAGAAAAAAUACCUGGAAAAAGACAUCCAGGCCCUCCGAGAUGAACUGUCUUCAGCGCAUGCGCUCAUGAACACAACAUUGAAGAAGAACAGGGAACUAGACGGAGAAAACUUUGAGUUGAAGAAAACUUUAGCGGAGUAUGAAACAAGAGAGGAAGGAUUUGAAGCGGAACAAAUUGAGCUCAACAGUAUGGUAGCACAGCAUCAGAAAAGGAUUGAAGAGUUGGAGCUUUAUGCCCAAGAGGAGCAGAAGGAAAAUUCUACCUUAAAACAAGAAUUGGAGAAUGAGCGUCAGAAACUAGCGGAUGUUGAAGGUUAUUAUGACAACCUUCAGAAGUCUUUCUCGCAACAGAAAGAAGGAGAGAAUGAUCACAAGAAAGUUUUGUCUGAAAAGGAAGCGCGUAUUCGACUGUUGGAAAACAAGAAAGAAAUUUUGGAAGAUGAUUUAAAGAAAGAAUGCAUCAAAGGUAAAGAAGAACAGGAAAAGUUUGAACAGGAGCGGCAAAAACUGAAGGAGAUCAUCGAAGAAAAGGAAAACCUGAAAAGUGAGCUUGAAAACAGUGUUAAGAAAACAAAGGAAAGAAAUAAAAAGCUACAGACAGAUCUAUCACAACUUAAGGCAAGCGCAAAUGAACAAAAAAAUCUUCUACAGGACGCUCAAAAAGAGAUCAAGAAACUCAACGGCGAUUUGAUCUCACAACGUCCAGUUAUUGAUAGCCUGGAAGCCAAAAACAAGACAUUGGAUGGGGAAAAACAAAAGCUUAAAGAUGAACUUGGCAAAUUGAAAAGAAAUUGUUCGGAGCAAAAGAUUGAGCUGGAGGCUUUGAAGCAUGAAAAUGAAAGACUACAAAACAAGUUAAGCGAAGCUCAAAAGCGCUUUCAUUCACCGGUGAAGAAGUCAGAGAUGCCUCAAACAAAAGCCGAACCAAAUGAUCUGCUGAGCCGUAAAGAAUUCAGUGAGCUGGAGAGCGCUUAUCAAAAUAUUCUACUUCAAAAUGAAGAAGCAGAAAAAGAGAACAAAAGUUUACAAGAAGAGAAUGAAGACCUAGAGAAAGAAUUGUUAAAAGUACUCACCGCGAAAGAUUCGUUGGAAAAAGAGAUUGCCUUGAAACAGGACAAGAUAACGGAACUUCAAGACUUGUUAUUUAAAACAGAGUACUCUGCGCAACUGGAUCGGAACGAGUUAGAUGAAACGACUAAAGCCAAAAACGAAAUGGAAUCGGAACUUGAUUCCGCCCACGAGACAAUUCAGGGUCUAGAGGAAUGUAAUGCCACAUUUGAAGAGACGAUUGAGCAUUUGCAGAAUAAAGUAGCUGAUAUGGAAGAAACCAAUUCGCAAUUAGAAAACACCAUGAAGAAAAACCAACAAAAACUGAGCUCUCAAGAAAAAGAACUUCUGGAAAUGCAGAAGAAGGUUUCUGAUUUAGAGAACAAGAGACAAUUACAUGCUAAUAGCAACGAAGAUCUUCUAAGGGAUUUACAGUCAAGCAAAAAUAAGAUCGCAUCUCUCGAGGAAGAGCUUUGUACGUCUGCAAGGAAUCAAGCAGAAUCAAACUUGAAAGUUAAGGAAACAAAAGAGCAAAACGCGAAGUUGAGAAAAGAAUUGCAGCAGUUGAAGAAUCAACUAGGAGAGGAAAAACACGAACAUGACAUGGACAAAAAAGAAAUGCGAGAAAAAGAUGAAGCUAUUAAAAGGAUGCAGAAGGAAAAUCGCCAACUCGUAAACGAAAUUUCAGAGAUGACCGCAGAAGUGAACGCAAAGGAAGCUGAUGUCUUAGCUCUGAUGAGCACGCAGGAAGACACACAAGACGAGCUUGAAGUAUUGAGAAGGCAGAUCCCAGAACUAGAGUCAAGUUGGCUGGAGGAAAAAGGUGAGAAAGAGAAACUCAAGUUAGAAAUGUCUACCUUACAAAAACUUUACAACGAUUUAAAGAUUGCCUAUGAUAAUCUUCAGGACGAAAUUAAUAGUUCUCAAGAGCAGUUUGAAGAAAAAGAUUCGAUUCACUCAACCGAGCUACAAAAAUUAGAGAUGGAAAAGGAGCAACUGAAGAAAGAACUGCAACUUUUAAGCAAAAGAAUUGGAAUGUUGAAGGAAAAUAACGAAAAGACUCAAAAAGAAAAGAAGGAAUUGGAACAAAAGUUGAGAACGAAUCAGCAACGGUUGUUAGUUUUGGAGGUGAACGAAAAGACCAUCGAUACCAUUAAAGCGCUCCAAGAAGAAGUUAAAGAGGGCAAGCAAAAACUUCGUGAUUUAAAUGAAAUGUAUGAGGCGAUAAGGGUAGAAAGAGACAAUCUGCGUUCAGAUAAAAUAAAGCCGAAGUCGCCGAGAACCUUCACAACAAGCGAGACAAAACCAAGGGCAGCAAAUAUUCUGAACACUCCAAAGAGUAAUAUUCAGCAUGCAGCGUCCCCUAAAAAAGAAGUGUUUGACGCACAAACAAGAGCAGUGCCUCUUGAAGAUAAACUCAGGGUCGCCAGGGAGCGAUUGGAAGGGUUGAAGACCUCUCCACCCCAAAACAAAGGUAUGGAUGAAGUAUCCUUACAAGAAAAUGAAGGCUGGGAGGCGUUUUCACCCUGUAGUGCAAGUAAUGAACAUCGAGAGUCGAACGACACAGAUGGCGAAUCUGAGGUGAUAUCAGAUGAAAAUGUGAUUCAAGGAAAGUGA